AUGUCUCUACCACACCGUGAGUGGGCAGUUGUGAGUGGUCGUAUUCUUGAGUCGCGACGAACGCAAGUUGAAUUCGAGGGCGCAGCAUUGAAGUACAUUGCUGGCGCACCGACAUUCUUCUUCAAAACCCUGACCCAGCAGACCGUCACGGUCGAACUGAAAAACGAUAUUUCCAUCCGUGGCACGUUAAAGUCCGUCGAUCAAUACCUAAACAUCAAACUCGACGAUAUCACAGUGCUGGAUGAAUUGAAAUACCCUCAUCUGUCUUCCGUGAAGAACAUCUUUAUAAGAGGCUCGGUGGUAAGAUAUGUUCACUUGCCACCUGAUAAGGUCGACAGGGGCCUGUUGGAGGAUGCUUGUCGCAGAGAAGCAAUGAGUCAGAAGGGAAAAGGGACAUAA